AGUGCACCUGGUAUGGCCCGCCCCCAUAUGGAGAGUGGAGUGGACCGCCAUGGCCGGGGCAGACAACACACCUGCCGCAUGGAGGUCCAGCGGCCAGACACCUGGCCUGGUGGCAGCAACCACCCUCUCCAGGCUGCACACCGCCAGUCCUGCCAACUGCUCCCCAACAUGGACAUCCAGCCCAGGCAGGACUCUCCGCCCCCCCAGCCCCAGAGAGAAGCCUUCCCACCCGCCAGUGCCCAUCCACUGGACAGCCCCAGAAGAGCAAGCACAGGUAGGUUAUUACUACUAGUUGCUGGAUACUGUGAUGUUUCAUGUAGUGUGUGUUGCUGCUAAUACAGAGUUCUUAGGCAUAGGCCUAAAUGGUAAGCCACUGAGGCAGAAACCAUGGUCAUGUUAGAAUAGGAUUACAAGUGGUAGCUGUGAAUAGCUUACUGCUAUGAGGAAAUACUAACAUCAAAAGGACAUCAUGCUCACAUGCCAGUGCAGUGGCAUUGGAUGGGAAAGUUCCCCACUCAACUGUGUGAUGGAAUGUGUGAGUCGAUUGAAAAGGAAAGUUGAUGAAAUAGAAAUGCAUUUUGAAUAUGAAGCAAUAGACUUCAAUGUGAUUGUUAUUAUACUUGUAAAACUCGUUAAUGCUUGUACAUCUAAGUGAAGUUCCUCAUCUGUUAAUUUUCCACCAAGUAGAAAUGGGUAGGCUAGUAGUCAUAAAACCGUUGUCAUCACUGUAGGAUGUAAAUAUCAAGCAGUGCAGAAAAUGCGGCCUUUAAGCAUCCUCCCUUAUAUAGCCUAAACCUAUUGAUGCUUUACCUAGAUUGCCUUUAGUAUGAACUUGCUAACUAAGAAGCUUGCCCCUGGCAAUGGCAUGGACCCCAGAUAGAAAGCUUUCAACCGAAUGUUAUACAUUUGCUGCUGUUUUAUGAACUCAGUUUGAUCUGGUGUGUCCAUGCUUGUGGAAAGAGUAAACAAACCUCUAAACAAUUGAGAUGGGAACCAAUGAGGGGAGGGGCCUGGAAGAAAGCUGUCAGAGUAUUGCAUCUCAAAUAGGAGCUUCACGGUCAUUGACAGGAGUGAAAAGUUUAGCCUAUGUUUUGACGGAAACAAGCUACAGUAUGUGGGGUAUUGUCACGGUAAUUUAUUGCAAUGGUAAGUGUGGAUUAGGCUAUGUGGUACUGGUGUGGUGUUGCUGUGCAUGUGAGGAUUUUAGGGCUGCAGGCUUUGGUCUUGGGGCUAUGGAGUUACUUAGGAGGCGAGGGAAGCAUUUUGAGCACGUGGCUAUGCAACUGAAAGGAAUAGUUUGGAAUAGUAUCUUUCUCUGGCACUCUCUCUCUUUCUGGCUGUAAGUCAAACGCUGUGGCUGGGGCAUGUCGAGACUUGUCCCCUGCUCAUGACUUCCCAUAGAGAAAGCAAUCUGCUCCACUCCCUGGUUAGAGGUAUAACCUACCCUUUCUCUCCCCGUUUCCUUCCGUUAGACCCGCCGCUGGUUCUACUUGACCAGUUCUGUUUCCUCUGUAAUCCCUCUUUUAACCACUCCCCUUCCUUGUGUUUCCUGCCUUUGCGGUCUCUGGCUCUCACUGCUUCUUCCCCAGCCCCCGGGCAGACUGGUCCCAGCCCGCCCCCCAGCCUGUCCACCCUAUCCCAGCCUAGCCCCUGAAUCCGUCCGCCAAUGGCUUGAUUCCAUCUCUGGGAGCACCAUCUUAUAGUUACCCUGGCAACAAGCAAUAGUUCCUCUCCAUUCUCUCUCUCUCUCUCUCUCUCUCUCUCUCUUUCGCUGUCUGUCUCCCUCAAUUAAAUUUCAAUUUAAGGGGCUUUAUGGGCAUGGGAAACAUAUGUUUACAUUGCCAAAGCAAGUGAAAUAGAUGAUAAACAAACGUGAAUUAAACAAUUAAAAAAUGUAACAGUAAACAGUUUACUCACAAAAGUUCAAAAAUAAUAAACCCAUGCAAGUGCCAUUGUGUCUAUAAACAGCUUUGUAAUGAUGUGCAAAUAGUUAAAGUACAAAAAGGAAAAUAUAUCAACAUAAAUAUUGUUCUUCACCGGUUGCCCUUUUCUUGUGGCAACAGGUCACAAAUCUUGCUGCUGUGAUUUCACCCAAUAGAUAUGGGAGUUUAUCUAAAUUGGAUUUGUUUUCGAAUUCCUUGUGGGUCUGUGUAAUAUGAGGGAAGUAUGUGUCUCUAAUAUGGUCAUAUAUUUGGCAGGAAGUUAGGAAGUGCAGCUCAGUUUCCACCUCAUUUUGUGGGCAGUGUGCACAUAGCCUGUCUUCUUUUGAGAGCCAGGUCUGCCUACGGCGGCCUUUCUCAAUAGCAAGGCUAUGCUCACUGAGUCUGUACAUAGUCAAAGAUUCCCUUAAUUUUGUGUCAGUCACUGUGGUCAGGUAUUUUGCCACAGUGUACUCUCUGUUUAGGGCCAAAUAGCAUUCUAGUUUGCUCAGUUUUUUUGUGUAAAUUCUUUCCAAUGUGUCAAGUAAUUAUCUUUUUGUUUUCUCAUGAUUUGGUUGGGUCUAAUUGUGUUGCUGUCCUGGGGCUCUGUGGGGUCUGUUUGUGUUUGUGAACAGAGCCCCAGGACCAGCUUGCUUAGGGGACUCGUCUCCAGGUUCAUCUCUGUAGGUGAUGGCUUUGUUAUGGAAGGUUUGGGAAUCGCUUCCUUUUAGGUGGUUGUAGAAUUUAACAGCUCUUUUCUGGAUUUUGGUAAUUAGCGGGUAUCGGCCUAAUUCUGCUCUGCAUGCAUUAUUUGGUGUUUUACGUUGUACACAGAGGAUAUUUGUGUAGAUUUCUGCAUGCAGAGUCUCAAUUUGGUGUUUGUCCCAUUUGGUGAAUUCUUGGUUGGUGAGCGGACCUGAGACCUCACAACCAUAAAGGGCAAUGGGUUCUAUAACUGAUUCAAGUAUUUUUAGCCAGAUCCUAAUUGGUAUGUGGUAUGUCGAAUAGGAUGCAGAGAGCUUUUUUCUUCCACUUAAUUUGAAGUGUCUUUGAAUCUUGACACAACGCAACAGUUUGUAAACGGUCACUGAAGCAUUUAAUUGUACUGUGUACACCACAUGUAUCCUGUGCAUAUGACAAAUAAACUUGACUUGAUUUGAUUUAAAUGUAUUUUCUCGACCACAGUCGGUAGUGACAGUGAUGCGCACAGUACUUUCAGUGUCGUCGGUUUGCGUUGCAGUAUCAGAGGGUAAUACGAUGCAUUUUUAUCACCUCCAUGCAAAUAGGCUUUCUUGUCCUCUUCUGAAUCUGUACAGAGUAGACAGGAGUUCCUCCUAACAAACACUGUAAUACACAAACACAAGUAUUCUAGAUUUAUUAAGCAGAUUAAGAGAUUACAUUCUAUCUUUGAAGGGGAAAAUACGGGGUUGACGGCGGCAACCCCCAAGAUUUAAAAAAGUAUUCAAGACUAGUCUGAACAGUCUGACAGGGGUGGUGGAGGGAGGUGGGGGGGUAUGCAUUGUGAGUUUGACUUUCAAAAGAUGGGUGCUUUGGGGGGCAGAGGGUGGGUGUGGGGGGGGGGGGGCACAUGUUUACCCAGUAAACAAUGGGUCUGUGUUGCUAAGCAGCCUAGCCACCAUUAAGAGUGUAGCCUAUAUGGUUUAGACCAGACAACCAUGCUUGUUUCUAGACACCUACACCUAAGACUCUUAUGGAGCCAGAGAAGUGAGGACGGAGGGCAUCACAUUUUGGGGUGACGGAGGGGAUGUUUUGGAUAAAACAUUUUGUUGCUAGACAAACAACAAUAUACAGGAGACAUGUUUUAUGUGCCGGCAGGCUAUCCACAAUCUGCCUCCUACCAAAACUUGACCUGAUUCAGCCUGGUCUGUGCUGCCUUUGAUAUAGGCUAGUUGAUGUUGUCUUUCAGAGAUGGUCGUGGUGGGCUAUGGAGGUCCAGCUGUCUGCCAGAGGCAGUAAUGGCACAUGUGUUGUUUUUUCUCCCCAGACCCAGACAUAGAGCACCAGGACACCACAGCCAGGGAUCCCCUGCCUGACCUGCUGCCCCAGAGAGAGCGCUCUCCCCAGGAUUCUCCCCAGCACAGAGCCCCUGGAGUAGCAGACCCGCGGUUGGACAACGAGGUG